UUUUUUCUUUUUUUUUUCAUUAAAUCUAAAAAUCGAAAUGAAUAUGAAUUUUAUUCAGAUCCAAGCAUUUGCUGGCUUUUGGACGGCAGCAAUUUUGAUGAUAUGCUUUCACAACAUGAUCAUUUCGAUAGCUUUAUAUAAAAUACGCAAAGUAUAUGCUUCAAGUAUUCUUAAAAUUAUUUUCAAUUUUGGUCAAAUCAUGCGUAGUUUCGGAACUCUUGGCCUUUAUAUGACUCCAAAAUUACCCACACUCAUUCAAUGCACUGCCUUUGUACACUUUUCAAUUACCGGGACUACCAUAACGAGAUUAUCAUUAGCAGCUUUCUUAUUAUGGCGGAUAAGGCAAAUAGAAAUGAGCGGAAAAGACUGGGAUAAAUGGAUAUGCAUUUUAUUAUUUUUAAUUAGAACCGCAUUUACGAUUCCAUACCUAAUUCUUCAAAAAUCAACUUUUGUAGAUAUUCCCGAAAGUGGAACGGUUAUUUGUGAUUACGAUACUUCCGCUAAUUCCCUUUACGGUAUUGGAGGAAUAAUUGUAGACUUUGUAAUUGAUAUAUAUGUGACUGCACGUUUAAUCUUUAUAUUAAAAAGAGCCAAUAAAAAUGUUUCUCAAUUAUCUUUAAAAAAAAACAAGAUAUCAUUAUUCUCAGCCGUUAUGUAUUGGAAUUUUUUACGAUUAAUAGUAUCUUUCAUCUUUCAUAUUUUGGCUAUUUUGGAUAUAUUUUUUAUUUUAGAAGAAGGAACAUCACUAAUUACAAGAGGCAUAGUAACCAUUUUGUUAUCUUAUUUAAUCACCAUUGAUGCUGAAAUUGUUCACGCUAUUGAGGGUACAGGUCGACAGUUUGGAUUAUCAUCGAAAUUCACUCAAAGUGAUCAUAAACUCUCUAAUUUAUCCUCUAAUGACCAAACCUAUAGCCAGAUUAUUGAUGAUGAUAGAAUAGUAGUUGUGUCAAUGAAAAGAUUGUCAUUCCUUGAAUGGGCAAGCACUACAAUAGUAGAUGAGGAUGAUGAGAAUUAUAAGAACGAUGAGAAAAAUGAUAAUGAUGAAAAUGAUGAGAAUGCAAAAGAUAAAAAUAAUGAUCGAAAAAUUAAUGACACAUCAACAGAAACUUCAAAUAUGGAAAUAAUCAUCCAUUAAUUUAUACUGUAUAAUACUGUAUUAUAAACUCUUUUGUAAAAUAUUGUCUAUAUUUUUAUUAUAUUUUUUAUAUUUAUUAAGUGUAACUGAUAUACAAAAUAAUAUUAAAAUCAAUUUAAUUUAAUUGAGUAGUAAAUUUUAUUUUGAAUAAGUCAAAAAGUUUGUUAAUGUCUCUCCACAUGUCUUCAUGAAACGCUUACAUGUCGUUACCGUUAUUAUUUUAAUUGGUGCUAUCGGUGCUGGAGUCGUAAACGAUCCAAUUUGAAAUACUUUUUUUAUAUUGAAAUUUUAUUCGUG